AUGAUUUUGGAUAUUUCACAACUUUACAAUAAUUCGAAUGAUAAUGCCGAAUUAUUAUUACAAGAUAUUUCAAAUCUUUACAACAAUUCGAAUAAUCACGAUGUGAAAAUAAUCGUAGGGAAUAAUAACAACGUCGAAACAUUUAAGGCCCAUUCAAUUAUUUUAAGAAUUAGAUCAAAUUACUUUAAUGGUGUAUUAUCAAACAAAUGGAGGUAUAAGAAAGAUAAAAAUUUCACAAUCAUUGAACAACAAAACAUCAAACCACAAGCAUUUAAAAUCAUAUUAGAAUACUUUUAUACUGGAAGUUAUUCACUUGAUGAAAGCAAUCAGGAAUAUAUCAUUGAACUACUAUUUGCCUGUGAUGAAUUGGAACUUGCUGAAUUAGUUACGCACAUUCAAGAGAAUAUUAUUUAUAAUCAUACUAGUUGGAUACAACAAAAUUUUGUAAAGUUUUAUAAAUUACCUUUCAAAUGUAAACUUAUGCAGGGAGGUUAUAAAUUUUUCGAAGAUAAAAAGUUUCAAAUUAUCCGGGAAUAUUGUGAAGAAUUAUUUUAUAUACGACAUGAAUUAUUGUUUGAAUCUAAAGAUUUUGUCACGAUAAGUAAACCUUUAUUAAUUACCAUUAUAAAGAAAGAUGAUCUUGAGCUUGAAGAAAUAGAUAUUUGGAAUUAUGUAAUAAAGUGGGGAAUGAAGCAAACACCUGAAAUCAAAUCGGAAAUUUCGGAACUAACGCAACAAGAUCUUGAAGUAUUAAAGAAUCGAUUACGUAAUGUGUUACAACAUGUUAGAUUUUUUACAAUGUCUUACGAUGAAUUUUGGGAUGAUAUUUGGCCAUUAAAAGGGAUCUUCUCGGAUCAUUUAUUAGAUAAAUUGGUUGAUUAUAACCUUAAUUCAAUUGUUAAAAUAUCACCACCAACCAAUUCGUUGACUAAAAGAAUUCCAAAGAAAUUUGAUGAUUCUAAUAUUAUUAGUUAUGGACAAGCAAAUACUUUGUUGAAUUGGAUAUUUAAUGAGGAUGUUAAAAUUGAAUGUAAACUACACGUUUCUUAUGAUCUGAAGCUUGUACAUUGUGGUAGUCGUGAUGGGAUGGACUUGGAAACCUUUUAUGAGCUUUGUGGCUCCGAAUACGCCCAGAGAGAGUUUGGAGCAGAAAUUCAGAAACUUAUUGAGUUUUAUAAUCAAACUAUAACAAUUGCAACUUCUACUGAUACAUUACGUAUUACCGAUGAACACGUCAAAACGAUGAGCAAAAGAAAACCGGAUUCUAAUUUUG